CUGGAAUCAGAUAUGGAUAAACUUGCGUUAACCUACUUGUUUGAUAUGGAACUCAGAGCAAUAGGUAAUAUAAGGUACAACAUAGGAUCAAUUAGAUAACACCAACUGCAAACUAACAUGAUGAGCAACAAAAUGCUAAAAGAAGAUGAUUUUGUAAACCAACCACAUAAAUAUUCUAAAAGAAGAAUUCUGAUGAAGACAAUGCUUAUGUAAACUGUAUCACUCCUAGCAAGAUAAACCAAAGACAAGUAUGGCUGGAGAAAUCCCCUAUAUGCUUGGACAUAUGGAUGAUUAUAGCGGUCAAAAUGAGAUGAUUAAGUCCCCUAGGACCAACCCAAGGAGGAUGAGAAUUCAUGUCACGCUCAAUAAAGAAGGAUUGGUAGAGCUUAAUCUAGCUCAUCGCGACUUCAGAGAAGCUCCAAAGGAGAUUUUCAAUUUCUCACGUAUCGAGAUUCUGAAACUGCAUGGGAAUAAGAUUCGGUUGUUAUCAUCUGCAGUGUCACACUUGCACCAUCUAAAAGUGCUGGAUCUACAUAAUAAUGAGCUGAUAUCUCUCCCAGAUACAAUCACAAACUGUCAUUACAUACAGGAGUUACACCUACACAAUAAUCACAUCACAUCUCUUCCAGCACGUUUCUCAAACUUCAAGAAUCUACAUACUCUCAAUAUUUCCCAUAAUCAAUUUGAGAGCAUUCCUCAUGCAGUGGGAGAGUGUCAUAACCUCAGGUAUAUUAACUUGGAGGGGAAUAGACUCUGGCAUCUACCAUUCUCCUUGCAGAGUCUUAGACAUAUGAAGCAUAUCAACCUCAGCUCCAACUUGUUUGAGGAAAUCCCAUUCUGCGUAUGUGCAAUGAAAAAUGUAGAAACUCUCAAUAUGAAAAAUAACAAGUUGUUGAAUGUCCCAUCUGAAAUGGGAAACCUGAAACACCUUAAGGAUCUAAAUAUUGGAGGUAACAAAAUGGAAACAAUACCACCAAUAAUCUCAACAUUGAAGAAUCUCCAUGUAUUAAACAUAGCAGAUAAUAAGUUAAGAUAUGUGCCACCCAGGCUGACGAAGUUAACCAAGUUAGUGACUCUCCAGCUCCAAGGGAAUGAACUCCUGGCUCUACCAAAUAACCUAGAGUCAUUAGAAUACCUAAACAUUGCGGACAACAGAAUGAAGCAUUUCUCAGUGAACAAAAUGAAGAGGCUAUCAUACCUAAAUGCAAACAAUAAUGACCUAGAAAGCAUGCCUGUUGGUAUAUAUAACCUGCCUAAUUUAGAGAGAUUGAAGCUAAAUGGGAAUCGCAUAUCAUACAUAUCCCAGGAUAUCAUACUGCUGAAAGACCUGAAGACAUUAGACCUGGGGAACAACAAAUUAACCAGCUUACCUCAAGUCAUUGAUGAAUUAGACAACCUUGAGUUUUUCAACAUUAAGGGAAAUAAGGUUGAACACAGAGGAAAUGUGAUUAAACUUACAGACCCCGACACUAAUGAUAUCAACUCUAUUAAACCAACACCAAGAUCUCAUUGUAACAUUGAAGUCCCAGAUGAAUCAAGACCACCAGAACAGAACCAUAUUCCUGUAAGUGACAGAAUCCACUCACCAUCUGAAAUACCAGAUAGCGUUUAUGAUGACGCUGAUUCAGAUGGACAGGGUCAGGUUAAUAAUGCGAGAAGACCAAGUUUCUGGCAGAAAACUCUCUCAAAGUUCUUCACAAGGAACAGGUUAAGGAACAGCAAUCCUGGCAGCAAUGAUAAGAAAUACAAAGAUGAGAUUAACAAAUACUACAAGAAGUAUGACAACCAUGGGAAAAAUCAGCACCAAAAAACACCCAAGACUGGUAGAAAAGGCUAUGAGAAGAAUGACCACGCUGCUGCCCAUAAUGGUGUGAAACCCAAACAUAAUUUAGCCUUGGCAGCACAUAACAGCCCUGACAGUAUUGUUAAACCUCAAUUCUACAAUGACAAUGAGACUGUGACAUCAUCGCUGAUGGCCACAGUUAACAGUUCAAGCUCACAGUAUAGAAGAAGACAGGUGAAAGAACGUUACCUCAUGGAGCAGAGAAGGCGCCAGAAUGAGCAUAUAGAGCAAGAUCUACAACACCACCACAAACUCAGUCAACAUGACAGACAUUCAUAUGGAUUCUCAACCAAGCCAAGCCCAGUCUCCUUAUAUACUUCCAAGCCAGAUUUGGAUGAAUCGACCAUACCCCUUAAAACCUUCCCAUCCAGUACAACCUAUAGCAACAGACAACUGGUGUCAUCUCGAUCCAAUGGUGAUCUCAAAUACAAACAAUACAAAGCACACGCUAAUGGUGAUAUAAGGCACAAACAACCCACAGCUCAACAUAAUGGUGAUCUCAAGCUGAAACAUAGAUCUAAGUCAAAUGGUGAUUUGAUGUAUCGUUCAAAUCAAUUCACACCAAAUGGCGAUGUACAUCAUAGGAAUCUUGCCUCAUCUCUGGCUGCCAAUGAUGGGAGUACAAUACGCCACAGUGAGGCUGAUAUCACAGAUAUAGACACUGAAAACUUAGUUCCUGAUUACCCAACUGGUAGGAAAUCACAUGCAAUGUAUUUUCCAAAGCACAAGCAAUACAUGGACAUGGCUAUUGACAGGCAUGGACACUACACUCAUGGUGCAAUACAAAGUGACACUGAAUUGGAAUACACCGACACAGCAUUCACUCUAAACACAUCAAUGACUGAUAUCCUUUCUCUUGAUCCUGAUCCCCUAUCACACCCCACCAAACCCCCACAGAGUUCAGACUUCAGAAAGUCACCAAGACCAGACUAUAUGAUUGAUGAACAAGAACGAUUGGGUUACCAUAGUGAUGGUAACCAUAGCAAUCCACAUAGAUCACAAUAUCUCCAGGAUGAACCAUCAAGACCAAGUUAUACUGAAUCUACAACACCAAGGGCUGCAGAUUAUCUCAAUGGAGGAGAAAGGGUUGUUAAGGGUACUGACUUUAAAUUACUGGGUGUAUGUAACCAAGUGGAGGCAUUAUUGAAUGAGGAACUACUUCAACCUGUCAUCUCACACAAAGGAUUAUUCAACAAAAAUUUUAUAGAUGGGCAACCACAGAGCCCUGACCAUGGGGUCAUCUCCCCUGAUUUGGAGCGCAGGAAACAACAUAGCAGGUUUGGAGGCCUACACAGGCUUAAAAAAGAUUGUUACUAUGUGACCAAUGUAGGUGGGGUGUAUAGGUCCAGGCAUGACCCUAACAUCAGGAUCACAUACCCAGUAAGGGCUGUAUUGGAUCACGUUGAACUCACUAUGCAGAUUGAGAGAGUGGAUCAAGAAGUUGUAUUAGGAGCUAAGAAAACCAGUGCUGUUAUAGACAAUAUACUUAGUAUAGGAGACAUUGUACAUAUCACACAUCAGCCAGAUACAUCAUUCAUGGAGCCCAUCACGCUGAUGAUCCCAGCACCACCUAUAGCCCACAAGGGGAGGCUACAUGUGGUCAGAUACAACAGAGAUAACACAGUGGUCCCGGCCCAAACAGGAUAUAGAAUGAGGAAUGGUUAUAUCAUGAUACAAACAUGGCAUUUCUCUGGAUAUGGUGCUGUGCUAACAAAGGAAAAAUGUAAAUACAAGGCAUGUAGAUCAGUAGAACAGUUUUUGAGAUAUUGUUACCUGGAAUAGCCAUAUGAACUAUUGGUGCAGAUGGAUUUUAUAUCUUUCAACAGGGCUAUGAGGCUAAACACCACUUUACAUAGUUUACAUACUACAUGUAUAAUCUCCCAUACAAAUAUGAAAUAGGUCCAUUCUGUUAACUGAGUUAAGAGAGUUUCCUCAUGAAACUUUUUGAACAAGCACAGUUAAUGCAUGUCCUGCAAUGAUGACUUUGGUCACUGGAGACCAGUAAAUUUCACUAAAGGGAGAGAAUCACAUAUGUACAUGUAUAUUCAAAUUCAAGUUAAAAUGUUUUCAUAUAACAAGUGUUAUACGUUGUAU